AUGUUCGCCUUGAUGAAUGCAGUCUACCUGCUCAGCUUCGCGAGUUUAUACUGUCUUUUCCACUUUCGAGGUAAACAGGUUUUCGAACAAAUAUCAGGACCAAAGUGGCAGUACCCAAACGGCUCCGUCGUCGACCGCUUCCUGAACGGCCGCGAAGUCUCAGAGAAAUGGCAAAAUCAGUACGGUCCGGUAUAUCUCGUCUGGUCUGGCCCUCAUCCAGAGAUUGUCAUCACCACACCUGAAGACCUCAAGCACUUUAGUUCGGAUGCCAACGACCACCCCAAGACUCCAAACGUGAAUCUAGGAUGGUUCGUGGAGAAACUGUUGGGUCAAGCCAUGGGCCUUUUGUACGGUGCAGACUGGAAACGUUUGCGCAAGAUCUUUGACCCAGCUUUCACACACGCUGCAGCGGUAACACGAAUUGAUGGCGUAGUGUUCGCCGCGCGCAAGUAUGUUGAAGAUCUACCCCAGCUGGCAAUUGAAGGUACAAGUCAGGAUAGCGACUCAUACACCAUCCCCGUCCAAAAAGCCUUCACCAAGUUCCCCUACUUCCUCACUGCCAAGGCUAUCUAUGGCACCAUGACCCAAGACGAAGAAGACGAGCUGUGGCGCAUAACCGAGAAACGCAUCUCAUUGAACCAAUACUGGGUCGGCGGAGGAAUCUACCGUUUUGAAACCCUUGCGCGCUUCCGCGACCGACCUGCCGUCCGCCGCCUCGAUGAGUUUCUCCACGAGUGGCAUAAUUAUAACACUCGCAUGGUAUCUACACGGAAGCAACGCGGUGACCGACCGCCUAUCAUCACAUACUGGGACGAAUUGGAGGCUGGUAACAUUUCUUCUGUUGAGAUUACACAGCUACUCCAAACACUUGAUGAGCUCCUCAUGCUCAACCUCGAUGUCAUCACACACGUUACAACAUGGUUCAUCACCCUUGUCGCCAGUCACGAGGCCGUUAAACGCGGAUUGCGCGAGGAAAUCGCUGCGAAUAGAGAGAACCUACACGACUACAUUGCAUCGACGAGCACGCAUUUGCAUCGCAGUUUUAUUGAGUCAAUGCGUAUCCGGCCUUUUGGUGUCUUCACAAUCGGCGAAUCUUCGGCAAGCACGAAAAACUUCCAUGGCGUGCUGGUUAAGCCGAAUACGCAGAUCCUUGUAGACGUUCUCGCCAUUAAUGUCAGAAACCCCUUCUGGGGCAGGAACAGUGAGGCGUAUGAUCCGGAUCGGCUCAAGGACAUCAAGCCUUCUAAUCUUCGAUACAAUCUGCACUCUUUCGGCAUCGGCAGUCGCAAAUGCAUGGGGCAAUUCGUGGCAGGACAUAUUGUCAAGUCUCUGGUUGUGCAUUUGUUCGAUCGGUUCGAGGUGGAGCCUGUGAGGGAGGGAGAGACUGAGAAGGCGGAUGCGGGUGCAGAUAUGGGAAGCUGGACUCCGAAAUCGGAUGCGCUAUUGAGGUUGUGGAGGAGGGAGGGUGUGCUUUAGGCAGAUUGUGAACACCGAGGAUCUCUCACACUAGGGUCAAGUGCGAGGCAAAAUCGAGGCAAAAUCAUGACGCUAUAUCUAUCUCUCAUUCUAACUUUCUAUCUUUCCGGCUUCACCAAUAUCACAUGAUCACCUAGGACCAUUCGGGGUAUUCUAUAGGGGUACGUCACCCAGCGAAGGUUAUGAACGCUCCACUUUUCACCGUAUAUCUCGCAAUCAGCUCUUCAGGUCAGUCGACCAUGCCUAAGCAUUUCUGUAGCUGUUUCAGCCGCUGCUCCAGCUCCAGCUUUAGCUUUCCAACCGCGUCCCAGCAAGAGUUGCCCCCUGAUAACUCGGAAGACGAGAUAUGGCUUGGCAUAAGCAGCUCCGACACCUCAAUCUGUCGGCGCAUGAAGGAUGAACACAUCUGGACCAUGCCAACAAAUUGAAGUUUGAUGCAGUCUGUUGUAUUCCAUGUGCAGACCGAGUUGGUAGAGCGGCGAGGUUGCGUUUGUGCACAGGCCCAUUGGUAUGCUUUGAGUGCUUCGGCGCUGUGUUGGAGUGAAACAACGAUUCCGAUAUAUGUGUUAAGGAGUAGUGUCACACAGACGACGACGAGAUAUCGGACUGUGGAGUAUGUGUGUCGGCUGCUUUCCGAAAGUGUUUCCGGGGGCGUAUCUCGGGUGGAUGGAGGUGGAGUCGUUUCAGGCGUCGUGAUGAUUCGUAGUCGUUGGAUGAUUCGUGUCAUCUCGAAAGAAGCGGAGAGGAUCUGGCUCAUGAGUUGAGGCUGGCUGGACGGACAGGUGUCAUUCUGGUCUACCGGCACAGUGUGGAGAUGAGCUGAGCCGCGGGCUAGCCAAACGUUUAUUGAAUCAAAGAGAGCACUGAUGUUGCUCUGCAGCUGCUGGAGAGCUGUGUUGUCAUCGGAACAAAAGGCAGACUCGUCACCGUUUAUCAAAGGGUACUC